GAAAACAUUUCUGAAUCAUGCUUGAUGCUACGGAAGUUUUGCUAGCAUUUUUGCUCCUGGGUGGUGUUGCUGCCUUCCUAACAAGAAAAUCAAAAUCUAAGAGAAAAUCGCUUCGUCGAAAGCCGUUCACCCGAAGGAGAUAUGCACGAAAAAGCUGCUGGAUUAAAAACACCUGGCGUUUGCGUCAAACGCAUGGCUUGUACGGGAAAGUUUUGCGUACAAUGCGAACUGAUCCCAAAAUGUUUGAAAGUUAUUUUCGAAUGACCUACGAUCAAUUUCAGCUGUUACUUUCCAUGGUAAAGCCACAUCUCACCAAAGAAAGUCACCGUGCUUUGAACCCCGGGAUUCGCCUAGCCAUCACUCUUCGCUACCUUGCAUCGGGGAUGUCCCAAAAGGACGUAGCUCUUAAUUUUCUUGUUGGCUUCACCACUGCCAGUAACGUGAUACGAGAAACUUUGGGCGUUUUGUGGCAUGUUCUAUCUCCGAAAUACCUUCCGGAACCGGAUACGGAUAUGUGGCUGAAAACGGCGAGGUUGAACAUGGACCGCUAUCAAGUUCCGUUAUGUUGCGGGUUUGUGGACGGAAAACAUGUUAAAUGCAGGAACCUUCCACAUCAUGGAACUCAACUAUUUAACUACAAAAAAGAAUACUCGUUGGUUCUUCUGGCCGUUUGCGACGCAAAUUGCAAAAUUCUCGCCGUAGAUAUUGGACAAUACGGAAGUAUUAGUGACGGCGGCACUCUUAAGAAUUCAGAAUUUGGCAAAAAACUGUUUUCUGGAACUCUUGGUAUGCCAGGCACGACCUUCUUACCGGAUACUCAAAUCCCCUUCGAGUACUAUUUUAUCGGAGACGAAGCUUUUCCCCUUCACAAACACAUACAAAGGCCCUACGGAGGAAAAUUUUUAAGCUUUGAGAAACGGGUUUACAACGCUCGCCUUUCACGUGGGAGAAGUUCAAUUGAGCGAUGUUUCGGUAUCAUGUGUGCCACGUGGAGAAUUUUACUGAACAGAAUUGACGGUAAUGAGUCAACUAUUGAAGGUAUAAUUCAGGCUUGUGUAACUUUACACAAUUUUUUGAUUGUUGAAAAGCAGAAAAAUUCACAAACUGAGCGAAGUAGCAAACGCAACCAUAAAUCGUAUAAUUCUGUUACUGAAAAGGAAAACAAAUCAAAAAAACAAUACAACACAGCCCGGGAUGCUUUGAAGGUUUGGUUUAAUGUGAUAAAUGUUAUUCCAUGGAUUAACAUGAAAGUUCGACAAGGAAAAAUGUAACAUUAGUUAAG